AGCUCUACUAUGACCGCGGCAACCACCACGAGUUCGUGUCCCUGGUGAAGGACCUGGCCCGACCUGGAGAGGUCACCCAGUCGCAGGCCUUUGACUUCGAGUUCACCCACGUGGAGAAGCCCUACGAGUCCUACACCGGGCAGAACGUGAAGCUGCGGUACUUCCUCCGGGCCACUAUCAGCCGCCGCCUCAACGACGUUGUCAAGGAGAUGGACAUCGUGGUGCACACGCUGAGCACGUACCCCGAGCUGAACUCUUCCAUCAAGAUGGAGGUCGGCAUUGAGGACUGUCUGCACAUCGAGUUUGAGUACAACAAGUCCAAGUACCACCUGAAGGACGUCAUCGUGGGGAAGAUCUACUUCCUGCUGGUGCGGAUCAAGAUCAAGCACAUGGAGAUCGACAUCAUCAAGCGGGAGACGACGGGCACGGGCCCCAACGUGUACCACGAGAACGACACCAUCGCCAAGUACGAGAUCAUGGACGGCGCGCCCGUGAGAGGAGAGUCCAUCCCCAUCCGCCUCUUCCUGGCGGGCUACGAGCUCACGCCCACCAUGCGGGACAUCAACAAGAAGUUCUCGGUGCGCUACUACCUCAACCUGGUGCUCAUCGACGACGAGGAGCGGCGCUACUUCAAGCAGCAGGAGGUGGUGCUGUGGCGGAAGGGCGACAUUGUCCGGAAGAGCAUGUCGCACCAGGCAGCCAUCGCCUCCCAGCGCUUUGAGGGCACGACACCCCUGGGGGAAGCACGGACCCCCGGCCCACUGUCCGACGGAGGCAGCAGACAGUAGGCCCAGGGCGGGGAAGUGGCUGGGGCGGGAGAUCCGCUGCUGACCCGCGCUCGCAGCCUGAAAACAAACCAUGUCUUCGACGUAAAUCCUUUUUCCUGAAGAACCUGAGGGGCUGGGGUUGGGAGGCAGGGUGUCCGGGACCCUGUGCCCGACAGGGGCCCGGGGAGAGGAGGGGUGUCCCCGGGGAGCUGUCUGCGGAGCUGCAGAGGGCUCGGCUGGGAGCUGCCUCGGGAGUCUGGACGUGGCGCUUUGGCGCCUCCACAGGCCGCCAUUGUCCUCCUCUGACUCCCAAGCGUGGUCCUGGACCGGACGGGGUGUGGGGCGCCUCUGGCCGCCGCCCCUGGGCACAGAGACACCAGGGUCCGUGUGGCACAUGGAUGGCAACAGGGAAAACUCCGUGGUCGUGGCCCUGGGCAGCCAGGAGCCGAGGCUCUUGAUCCCUGCUGUCCGUCUCAUUCCCAGGGACCAGGGCUUAGUCUGACGCCUGGAAGCUGUCCUCCCCCCACAGCUUGGGACCCGGGGUGUUCUGUGUAUGUGGGUGCUCGCCACGCUAGAGGGGGUCUUCCACGGCCGCACCGCGCCUGGGCCUGUCGUGUUAAGGGUGUGGCUGUCCGUCCUGGCCGCCCAUCUCUUCUGGAAAGACUAGGCAGACCCUGGAGUCAGUAGGUACGACGCGCUCGGGGGUCUGGGUCCUGUGUCUUCUGGGGAGCAGACGGUUCGUUCUGUGUCGUCUUUAUAGGGACCCCUCUUUUCCUCGGAAAUCGGGGCAGCUGUGGGCCUCGGACUGGGCAGGGCUUGUGGGUCAGAGCUAGACUGGAGAGAGGGCGUUUGGGCGGCACCGGGAAGAGCGCCGGCACUGGGGCAGGACAGCCAGGCGAGGGCAGGUGGUCCCUCGGGUGGACCACGGUUCCGGAGUACGGAGCAGCGCCCCUCGGCUUCUCCAGAGCGUGAGCCGAGCCCUGGGCCCCCCGGGGCAGCCUGCACCCUGUCUGCGAGGACCGCCCACCCACCGUCUGCCCCCAGCCAACUGCGCCCAAUGCCAGUCUUGUGAGGGAGCCAGAGCGCAGCCGCCUCCGUCCUCUGCUUGCCCAUGGUCUGCCUCUGCGCCAGACAAGUGCGACUGGGACCCUGGCAGAGUGGAAGGGCCAGGUGGGCAGUAUGGCCUGCAGUUGAGCCGCUGCGCGUUUACAGGUUUCUCGAUGUGUGUCUUGCAGUGGCUGUGUUUUAAACCAAGCUCUGUUUCAGCUGUGUGUCUGAUUAAAGCAAGCCCCUGGGCUCGGAGGCUUCGUGCCCACAGUCCA